UCUUUUUUUCUUUUUUUUCAUUUCUUUGCAGCAAGAAGAGUUCAAUGCUGUAUAUGGCAUCAGUGCAACACAGGAUAAGGCACGUAUGUGGAGGAUUCCUUGUCAGUGAAGACUUCGUAUUGACUGCUGCACACUGUGAUGAUUGGGUGAUUCUGGGGGUCCUCUGGUAUGUGACAAGAAGAUGGCACCCAUAUACAAAUGCACACACACACACGCACACACAUACACACACAUGUGUGCAUUUACAGUACUUUAACAUCUGACAUGUGACCGUGAAGGUGUAGCUGGAAAAUGUGGUUUCAUUGACUCACAGACUCAACAUAUACGUGUUGAUGAAAAGCCACAGAAACAUUGCAAGGUGAUGCAUAAAGCAGACAAACUGCCCCCCUAAACAACGACAUUUUACUUGACUUCCACGCAUCAUGCACGCUCUACAGAAGUGUCUUCUAGUCACAGCUGUGACAUGCCUCAUACAAAAUGCACUGGGAAGUGAAAUCAUAAAUGGCAAAAAGGCUGAUGAAAAGUUCAUGCAGUAUAUGGCAUCAGUACAAAACAACAAAAUACACACAUGUGGAGGAUUCCUUGUCAGUGAAGACUUUGUAAUGACUGCUGCGCAUUGUGCUGUUAAGAAGCUUAAAUCCUUAAGUGUUGUUCUGGGUACCCAUGAUCUCAAGAAGGCAAAUAAGAAAAUGAGAUAUGGAGUAAAAAUGAUGUGCAGACACCCUGCCUUCAAGGAAGUUGCAAAUGGGAAUGACAUCAUGCUCCUCAAACUGUCUAAGAAAGUUUCCCUGGGUGGCAAAAAACCAAUUAAGCUAAUUCCACUUCCAAUUCAACAACUAAACCUGAAGGAAAAGAAGAUCUGCAGUGUAGCUGGAUGGGGGCCCACAGAACCUCGUAAACAUCGAUCUGGUUAUGUUAAUGAGCUGCAAGUGUUGGAUGUUCCCAUCAUUAACAAGGACGAGUGUCAGAAGGUGUGGGGACAAAUUCCCAAAAAUGUUAUUUGCGCCGGUGGAUACAAAGCAAAGAGUGGAAUCUGUCAGGGUGAUUCUGGUGGGCCUCUCAUAUGUAACAAGUUGGCUGUUGGCAUUGUUUCCUUUAACAACGACAAUGGCUGUAACUAUCCAGAUGUCCCAAACGUCUAUACAGACAUAUCACAAUUUCUUCCUUGGAUCACAGAUAUUCUCAAGAAAAAAAAAUGCAAAGGGUAAAAAAUAUUUUAAAUUGUGUUAUGGGUGUAUUGUAAGACUGUUGGGCAAGUGAUAUGUGAGCUGUGUAAACUGCUUAAAUUCAGCAAUAUCUAACAUUAAAGGGCCUUUCAAAAAACUGCUGAUGACUCUUUUCAAUGUCAAGCUUACACUAGAACAUCAGUAACAUAGUAGCUUUGAAGUGCGCAAGUUAGUAUGAUGUAAAAAAAACAAAGGUUUUUCGUUAGUUGUAUUACACAAACUAAUUUGUCAGAAAAAGAAUAAAGAUCCAUUGAGAAUUCAAAAAGGCUCAUAAACAGUAAUAUCCAGCGCAAAUUAAUCUCAUUUCAUUACAAUCUGACCGAUACUGUAGGAGGAGUGAUUCUUAUGAAACAUGGCCAGACACUUCACCAUGGCUAAAACUCCUCAAUCCACAUCAAUCAGAAAAAAGAAAGAAAGAAAAGUGUAUAGUUUUGUUUGACAUCACAAUUGUACAUGGCUAUUGAGAGGUCGAGUGACUUCACAAAGAAAUUUGAUAAUUCAUGAAUUAAUUUCCUGUAUUUAGUAGACUUUUUGCACAUUUUAUUUUACAUCAGUUUAUACUGUGCAUGCUGUUAUUUAUGAAAAAGAAACCAAAAUCCAAAUCCAAUUUAUUUAUAUAGCACAUUUAAAAACAAAGAGUUUGCCCAAAGUGCUGUACAGAGACAAAGGGGUAAAACACAAGAUAAAACCACUGACACCCACAUAAACACAUAAUAACACAUAACAAACAUAUCAACUCACACCAGUCUAAAUGCUAUCAAAAAAGGUGUUUUUUCAAAAGAGACAUAAAAAUAGGAAAUUAAUAUGCCUGUCUGAUAUUUAAGGGGACUUAUUC